UUUCUUUUCGAUUUUCGAAAAAAAAACUAGGCCCAACAUUUUUUAGCCCCCCUUUGAAAACUCACAUUUAUAAAUUUUGAUUUUUGGAAAUGAAUUAAUUAAUUUCUAAUUUGAACUUUCAGCUUUAUUUUGAAAUUUUUUUUUUAAUAAUCGUUAAAGGUCAAAUUACGUAUAACAGUUGGAAUUGGUCAAAUUUUUCAAAACAACUUCAUUACUUCGAAAAAAACAUGAUUGUAAAGGAAUACCGUAUACCAUUACCACUAACAGUCGACGAGUUCGAGCGAGGUCUCCUAUACGCAGUGUCGGCGUGCAGCCGCAACGAGACUGGCGGAGGAGAGGGCGUUGAGUUUCUUGUCCAAGAGGACUUCACAAGUAACACACUGCGUCCGGGUCAGACCGUCAGCGGAACGUACACGAAAAAAAUCUACCGGCUCCGCUCAAAAGCUCCGUGGGUUCUGCAAAAACUUCUGCCACCGGAGGCUUUUGUGAUUUAUGAGGAGAGUUGGAACGCCUAUCCAUAUUGUAAAACUGUAUUGACUAAUCCCGGUUACAUGAAGGACAAUUUCCAUCAAAUCAUUGAAACCAUUCAUUUGGACGAUAACGGAAGUUCUGAAAAUCCGUUGGAUGGCCCCGAGAAGCGUGAGAUUGUGUUCAUCGAUAUUGCGGAUAAUGACAUUUUUGGAACGAAAAAUUACGAAAAAGAGAAAGACGCGCGGCUUUUCGAGGCGGAAACUGUCGAGAGGGGACCAUUGGAUGAGGAUUGGAUUGAUGAACAUGAUCCGGUAAUGUGCUGCUACAAGCUGGUCUCGUGUCAUUUCAAAUGGACGGGUCUUCAAAGAAUGGUUGAAAAAACGGUGCAUAAGCAAUAUCCACGUGUAUUCGGUCUUAUGCAUCGUGACGCGUACGUUCUUCUGGAUAACUGGUUCAAUAUGUCAAUGGAAUCGAUUCGUGAAUACGAGCGAGCGACCGGCGAUAUUCUUCGUAAGCAGCUCGCCGAGCCCGAGAAACGUGGCACCAAGUGUGAUGAUGAUGUCAAUAACAAUUGAUUGAUUAAUGAAAAUUAAGAGUUUUAAUGAAUUUUUUUUUUG